UAAGCCACUAGCAUCAUUUGAAUGUCUGUUGCUCUUGAGAAUGCAGUAACUCUUUAAAUUUGCACGCAAACAGAACAACUUGUCAGCUAAUCUUUUAUGUAUACCCUUGCGUAUGACAUGUAGUCAGCCAUUUCUUGUUAUGAGGAACUGCAUAUGUUACUGUAACCUUCUAUGACUGGAUCAUUUGAAACUGGAGACUAUAAUUCUGCAAUCCGUAAAUGCAUUCCUUCAGCUUGAUGUUUCAGAUAACAUGUUCUCAGAUCAUUGAGGCUAAUGUCAGCAAGAUGUUUUUUAGAAUAAUUAUUCUUCUAAUAAGAAGCAGCAUUGGAGGUGUAACAACUUUGUUUUUAUCAGUUCUUCAGUAUAUAGCAGGUCUAAACAACUUGUUUUCAGCAACAAAAAAUCAGCGAGUAUACUUCUCAAAUCGUAAAGGGCUAGAAUGCUUAGCACCCCUUGUAACAACAGUAGAAGAAACACCACAGCCAAUACCUGCAAAGGUGAAGGGUGUAAUUCCAAAAUGGAUAAAAGGCAACUUCCUUAGAAAUGGACCAGGGAAGUUUGAAUUUGGAACAGACAAGUACAAUCACUGGUUUGAUGGCAUGGCUCUCAUGCAUCAGUUUAAUAUCGAAAAUGGCGCAGUCUGUUACAAGAGCAAGUUUCUUCAAAGUGACAGCUACAAAAUUAACUGUGAGAAGAAUCGGAUUGUAGUCUCUGAAUUUGGAACACUAGCUAUGCCAGACCCAUGCAAGAAUUUUUUUGAGCGUUUUAAAUCCAAGUUUGAAAUGCCAAGGCAAACAGACAAUGCUCUUGUGAGUUACGUCCUGUAUGAAGGGGAUUGUUAUGUGAGCACAGAAACUAUCUUUAUGCACAAAAUAGAUCCCCAGACUCUUGAAACAAAAGAAAAGGUAGACUGGUCAAAGUUUAUUGCUGUGAAUGGUGCAACUGCACAUCCGCAUUAUGAUCCUGAUGGGACAGCGUACAACAUGGGCAACUCAUACGGCAAAAAUGGUUCAAGAUAUAACAUAAUACGUAUUCCUCCACAGAAGGCAAAUAGUGAAGAUACACUUCAUGGGGCUAAAAUAAUGUGUUCAAUUCCUGCUGCAGAUAGUAAAAGACCAUCAUAUUAUCACAGUUUUGCAAUGUCAGAAAAUUAUGUCAUUUUCAUUGAGCAACCAUUAAAAUUAAAUUUGUUGAAGAUAUACAUCAACAAAAUACGUGGUAAAGGACUGGAUGAAGGACUCACAUGGGAACCCAAGAGUAACACAAUUUUCCACAUAGUCAACAAGCACACAGGACAGAUACACCCAGUAAAGUAUUGUACUAAAGCUUUUCUGACAUUCCAUCAAAUUAAUGCCUUUGAGGAGAAUGGACACAUCAUUCUUGACAUGUGCUGUUGCGAUGAUGGGUCUGCUAUUCAUAUGUUUAACAUACAUAACUUACGUAAAGAUGGCAAUGAUCUAGAUGAGGUGUACGACUCUGUGCCAAAGCUUUUCCCUCGCAGAUUUGUUUUGCCCCUCCAUAUUAGUUCAGAAUCACCAAAUGACAAAAAUCUCAACACACUGUCCUACAGUCCAGCAACUGCAAUCAGAAAGGAAGAUGGCACAUUGUGGUGUACCUAUGAAAGCCUUCAUGACCCAGAACUAGAUGAAGAGGAAAGAUGCUGUGAAUUUCCGCAAAUUAACUACUCAAGAUAUAAUGGCAAGAAGUAUAAUUUCUUCUAUGGUUGUGGAUUUGGACAUCUAAUAGGAGAUUCCCUUUUAAAGAUGGAUAUAGAAGCCAGGAAAAUGAAGGUCUGGAAAGAAGAUGGAUUUUUUCCUUCAGAGCCUGUUUUUGUACCAUCACCAAAAGCAGUAGAAGAAGACGAUGGAAUCAUUUUAUCUGCUGUGGUAACACCAAGACAGAACCAGAAUACAUUCCUGCUAGUACUAGAUGCUAAAACAUUUACAGAACUGGGAAGGGCAGAAGUACCCAGACAGAUACCAUAUGGAUUUCAUGGGAUGUUCUCCCCCAGUUGAAAAUGGAGCGUGGAAAGAAUCAGCACAAAUGGCAGCAUAAAAGAUUCAUCUGAAGAGUGCAUUUUAGCAAACUAAUUUUUCACAAGGACUGACAAUAUUCUUUUCAUUGCAGAACAUUCUAUUCAUACCGCUGAAAUAUAAAAGUUGCUGUUUAAACUUUGUCCUAUAAACUUCUAAUAUACGACUGUGUAAUACAUCAUAUUAAGUUAAUAUACAGGAAUUUCAUUUAAAUUAAUUUCAAGAAUAGAAAGCACACAUUAUUUCAAAAGAUCUGCCUAACAAGCCUAUAAUUAAAAUACAUGUUAUUUUCCAUAAAUUUCUCCAUGUAUUUUUUUAGCCUUGCAAAUAAAUUCUUCAUAUUUACUGUU